UAACGUCAGUGCAGCUUCUUCUUCUUCUUCCUCUUAUUAAUCACAACUGGUCAAACUCUGCCUCUCUCUCUCUCUCUCUCUCCCUCUUCUUCCUUGAUCCAAAAAAAUUAAAGAAACCAUUUUACUCUUCUUUCUUCUUCUUCUUUUUGUUUAAUCACAAACCCACCAAACACACACAUUCCUAAAAAAUCAGAUCUUCAUUCUCUGAUUCCUCUGUUCCUUCUUUGUCGGCUGUUACAAAAACCCCUCUUCAUUUUCCAAGAAACCCACUUUUUUUUGUUCUCUCCUCCUUAUUAAUCACAGAACACUCCUCACUCAAACUCUCACACACCAUUUCCAAAAAUGUCUUGUUUCUUAAGUUGUGUCCGUUUCGACAUGACAGCCACAACCACAACCACCGACAACAACAAACCCACGGUUCAGGAAUCUGGUUCUGUCUCCGGUGUGACUUGUUACACAUGGGACGACGUUGAGUCUCUCACUUCCAAUUUCUCUAGACUUAUUGGUUCAGGUGGCUACAGUAGUAUCUACUUGGCUCGUUUGUCUGGCUCUAUCAACGCUGCUCUCAAGGUUCAUGUUAGUAGCCAUCGUCUUUACCAAGUGUUUAGGUCUGAGCUUGAGAUUUUGCUUCGUCUUCAACAUCCUCACAUUGUUAAGCUUCUUGGUUACUUUGACGAUUCAGAGGAAACUGGUGCACUUUUACUAGAGUACCUUCCUCAAGGUAACCUCCAAGAGAAGCUUAACCGCAACAGCAAACAAGUGUUACCAUGGAGAAACCGCACCGCUAUAGCGUUUCAGGUUGCGCAAGCAAUUGAACAUAUUCAUGAGAAAUGUAGUCCUCAGAUUGUGCACGGCGACAUCAAAUCCUCCAAUAUCCUUCUUGACAAACAUUUCAACUCCAAGCUAUGCGAUUUCGGAUCAGCAAAGGUCGGUUUCUCGUCGAUGGUUCAGCCUUCUAAGACGAUGUCAACAAUGUCACCACGUUCCAAGCAAGUGAUGAUGAUUGGUUCUCCUGGUUACACAGACCCUCACUACUUAAGAACAGGGAUUGCUUCGAAGAAGAUGGAUAUGUAUGGGUUUGGAGUUGUGGUUCUCGAGUUGGUUUCAGGGAAAGAAGCGGCUAGCUCUGAGAGAGGUGAGAUGUUGGUGCACACAGCAGCUCCGUUGAUCCAUGAGAUUCUUGAUUCGAAUGGAUAUAUCGAAGAAGAGAAGAUGAGACAGUUCUUGGAUCCAAGGUUGUCCAGGGAUGCUAGUCUUGAUUUAGAAGAGGUUAAGACAAUGCUAAGUGUGGCUGCUUUUUGUCUUCGUAGCGCUCCAUCGUUGAGACCAUCGGCUUCUCAAGUAGUCCAAACUCUUGUCAAGAAGAUCCCGUCUUUGUCUUUCCUCGGUUGUGGAAAAGAAGAGUGAUAUAUAUGUAUAUAAAAUUAACCCGUGUGUUUUUAAGACGAUGAGGUUUAGGUAGUGAUUGUUGUGUGUAGGUCUAGUUGUUGGUUUAUCAAAAGACACAAAAAGAGGUGAGAAGAUUUGAGUUUUGUUGUAUAGGAGAUUCUGUCGAAAACAACCCGAAAAAAAAAGAUGGAAGAGUCAAAUGGUUCUGCUUAGUGAUGUGUAUAGUAAAGAGCAAAACAAACAAUUCUGUGUGAAUUGCAUUUUGUAAACAUUGAUGUGUGAUGAUGUUUUAAUACAAACGAUUGAGAGAA